AUGAUCCUAACUUCAAUGAAACAUGCGAUAGCGACGAAGAAUUUUCCCCGUGGAAAGAAGUUUUCAUCGGAAAGAUCCCCAUCAUGGUGAAGUCUUCGUAUUGCUCCCUAUGCUCUCUGGAAGAAGACCAGUUAACCGAUGUCAAUGAAUGCCCAUAUGAUCAGGGUGGUUAUUUCAUUAUAAACGGAUCCGAAAAAGUCUUGAUCGCCCAAGAAAGGCUAGCAAAUAACAUGAUAUUUGUAUUCAGGACACAAAAACCAUCUUCAUACUCCUACACCGCAGAAAUUAAAAGCUCGGCUGAGAAGGGGUUGGUUAUUAGAACCUUUACUCUCAAGCUACAGGCGAAAUCAGGGGAAUCAGAGGAUUCAGAGCAAUUUAUUCACGCAAGUAUACCCUUUGUCAAAAAAGACAUUCCAGUAAAGAUAUUGUUUGUUGCUCUUGGGAUUUCCUGUGAGAAAGACAUUUUACAGCUCACGGGAGCAAGUCCGAGCGAUGGCGAAUUCACCGAAGCCAUAAAACCAUGUCUCAGAGAAAGUUUUGCAAUUCAAACCAGACAGGUAAAUCCUAUUGUGCAGCUCGGUAAUUCGACGUACGAGCGUCGAAGAACUCUUAUUGAAUCCAAAAAAUUUUCGCAGGUCGCGUUGGAUUAUAUUGGCAAGAGAGCAACAUCUCCUGGUACCCCUCUGGAUAAACGAAGAAGGGAAUUAGAUGACCGAGAUCAUUUCGGAAAAAAAAGACUUGAUCUCGCCGGAGCCUUGUUGUCCAAUUUGUUUAACAAUUUGUUUAGAAGAAUGGUCAAAGACAUGACUACCCUUAUAAAGAAAAUGCUCGCGGAUAGACGUGAAAUUAAUCUCGAGAUGGUUAUUAAGCCUCAGACAAUAACAAACGGAAUGAGGUAUUCUUUGGGGACUGGUAAUUGGGGCGAAGCGAAGAAGGCGAUGCAGUCAAGAUCCGGGGUUGCCCAAGUAUUAAACAGAUACACGUAUGUGUCCACUUUAUCUCACCUGAGAAGAUGUAAUACACCAAUUUCACGUGAAGGGAAAGUUACCAGGCCGCGUUAUUUGCACAACACUCACUGGGGUUACGUCUGCCCGUCGGAAACUCCCGAAGGGCAGGCAUGCGGACUCAUGAAGAACUUGUCCCUAAUGGCAUAUAUCUCUGUGGGUACUCCAACAAAUAUUAUCGUCGAACAUAUAAAUGCAACAGGGAUGAUGGAUUCCAUUGGUUUUCAAACCGAGAUGCGACAGGAGAUACAUUCAGCUACAAAAGUCUUAAUAAACGGUAACUGGAUUGGCGUCACUGACAGCGAUAUUCAUUUAUAUAACACCUUGAAGAAUUUGAAAAGAAGUGGGGAUUUUCCGUUCGAUGUCAGCAUCGUUAAUGAUAUUCGCUCUAAAGAAAUAAGGGUGUAUUCGGAUCCUGGAAGAGUUUGUAGGCCGUUAUUCGUGGUCAAUGAUUCGAAAUUAGAAAUAACACCGGAACACGUACGAAAAAUAGAGAGGAAUAAACUGGAUGAGCUUGAAGAAGAAACAUACGAUUGGGAAGCUUUAGUUUAUGAAGGGUUGAUUGAAUAUCUUGAUGCUGAAGAGGAGGAGUUUUCGCUUAUUUGCAUGACGCCCGAAGACUUGAGGGAUUCACGAGUUCAAUUUGCAUACGAAUCCAUGAAUAUGAAACCUCCGACGGUCAAGCGUAGCUUAGCUGAACGAUCGAAGGCUCCUACUGCCCAUUCUGACAGGUGGACUCACUGUGAGAUUCAUCCGAGCAUGAUAUUGGGUGUCGCCGCCAGCCUCAUUCCUUUUCCAGAUCACAAUCAAUCUCCUCGUAAUACGUAUCAAUCUGCCAUGGGAAAACAGGCCAUGGGAAUAUACUCGACCAAUUAUCAGUCGAGGAUGGAUGUAGUUGCAAAUAUACUAUACUAUCCACAGAAGCCUCUUGUGACCACAAAAGUCAUGGAAUACCUCAAAUUCCGCGAAUUACCUGCUGGACAUAACGCAAUUGUUGCGAUACUUUGCUAUGAAGGUUAUAAUCAAGAGGAUUCAAUAAUUAUGAAUCAGGGCAGCGUCGAUCGAGGUAUAUUUAGAAGUUUCACCUUUAGAAGUUACCAAGAAAAUGAAAAGAAAAAGGGGGUGUUGAGAUUUGAAGAGAUAAUGAAACCGACCAAUGACAAUACGGCUGGGUUACGUCUCGGUAGUGCCGACAAACUCGACGCAGAUGGAGCCGUAACACCUGGAAUGUCAGUGGCAGAAGGGGACAUUUUGAUCGGUAAAACAACUCCUAUUACUCCUCAAAAUGCAAUGUUCGGCCAAAAAAAAGAAACCCAGACCCAUCGUAAUAUAUCAACAACGCUGAGACAUUCGGAAGCAGGAUUCGUGGAUCGUGUUGUAGUCACCUCAGAUCAAGACUCCAUGAAAUCCGUAAAAGUUCGAAUUAGAAAUACGCGUAUCCCUGAAAUGGGAGACAAAUUUGCAAGUAGACAUGGUCAAAAAGGCACCAUCGGUAUCUUGCGUCGCCAAGAAGAUAUGCCUUUCACUUGUGACGGCAUAAUCCCAGAUAUUAUUAUCAAUUCCCAUGCCAUCCCUAGUCGAAUGACUAUUGGUCACUUAAUUGAAUGUUUGCUAGGAAAGCUUGUUGUCAUUACCGGAAAUGAAGGGGAUUCCACGCCUUUUACUGAUGUCACAGUUGAAUCCAUUUCAUCAAAACUUAAAGAGUUGGGUCAUCAUCCUUAUGGAAAUGAAGUCAUGUAUAAUGGAUAUACAGGAAAGAAAUUAAGAGCUCACGUAUACAUUGGCCCAACUUAUUAUCAACGAUUGAAACAUAUGGUACACGAUAAGAUCCAGUAG